AAUCUUUACGAUACGAGAAAGUUUUCAACGAAAAGUGAAAUCUGUGUGUUUAGAAAGAAAAUAAACCAAAGAACUACACGUAACAUAAAGACAUGCAAGGAUCCAUGGAUUUUUCGAACAACAAUACCACUAUGUGUAAUCACUUUUUAAUUGAUGACUUUAAUCCAUUGUACAACAAAGAAUGGUCGCCGACGUUUCAACACAAGAGCCAAUCUAAGAACGACAUCCCGUCUUCUGCAGGGCCAGUCAUUCUUCAAAUACCACGGAGCAAUGGCUUCAAAGACAAUGACUUCUUUCUAUCGCCAAUGGAAACGUCGCCUGGUUCUGACAAGACUUGUAAUGGUGAUUUCCAAAAUAUUCUCCAAGACGCGUUCAUUUCUAUGGAAACGGAGACCAGCGAUCAUAAAUUACCCACAACACAACACCAAUACCAAAAAGACAUUAACGAAUUGUUUCAACUCUAAAAAGAUAACCGGUCCUAACGCAAUCGGUGACGUCACCAAAGAUCUGAUCUUCAUUGACCCGCCAGUUUUAUCUACUGAAGAGUUUUCAUAUUUCAUUGUUGUUCAGCAAUCCUCUGUUUCGAAUUGUGACCACCACGUGUUCGAAGACAAACGACCAUCCAGAAAGUGUUUGUUCCAACCACCAACAUCAUGCAAAGACAAUGAAUCUGACUUCUUCGAAGGUUUUAGACCAGUUUAGUAGACUCUUUACGGACUUAAUAUGAUAUUGCAUGUACAUGUUUAUCAUUUCUUAAUGUUCUUUGUUUUGGUGUACCCUUUUGACAUUAAUAUAUUGGCUCAUAUCAUUAUGAAUUUUAAAUAUACUAUAGUAUGCUAAAAAGGUUUAUAAACUGGCAAAAUGGCUGUAGUUGGCAGAUCAUAUUUGUUAUUGGUCUAUUGCUUUUUAAAACAAUAAUAAGGCUAAUAAUUCGCUCGUUUUGAUUAUUUUGCAUUGUUCAUAUCUGUGGCCUUUCAAUGUUUCAUAUGAUAGCUUGCUAACUUACAAACAACA